CCGUCCGGCCCCGCCCGCCGUCGCUAGGCGACCGCGGCUCUCGCGAGAGCGACGGAGGCGGCCAAGAUGGCGGACGGGGCGGGUAGCAACGGGGACGCCGCGGCGCUGCCGGUGGGCAGGGAGGCAGUGGAGCGGCUGAUCCGGGAGAACGGGCACAUCUUCACCGAGGCGCAGUGCAAGGUGUGCAGCGCGCUGCUCAUCUCCGAGUCGCAGCGCCUGGCGCAUUACCAGAGCAAGAAGCACGCCAACAAGGUGCGGAGGUACCUCUCCAUCCACGGCGAGGAGGAGCUAGCGGCCGGGAAGAAGAUGAAGCUGGACGCCAAGGAGAGCAAGCAGGAAGGCACCAACGGGGAGGACAGGAACAAAUGUUGUCCCAUCUGUAACAUGACCUUUUCUUCUCCUGCUGUGGCCACGUCUCACUACCUGGGGAAGACUCAUGCCAAGAAUGUGAAGCAGCAGUCCCCUAAAGUGGAAGACGUGGUGCCUCCACAGAAACAUCCUGCUACCCUCCCUACCUCUACUGUAUCUUCUAAUGAGGAGAACAAGGACAUUGCAGACCCAGACAAGUUCUGUAGCCUCUGCCAUGCCACUUUCAACAACCCCCUUAUGGCAAAACAACACUAUGUAGGCAAGAAGCACAGAAAGCAAGAAACCAAACACAAGCUGAUGGCACGCUAUGGCCGAACUCCUGACGCACCGGCAUCGUCCUUCCUGGCUGGGAAGGGCUAUCCCUGCAACACGUGUAACAUAGUACUGAACUCCAUAGAGCAGUACCAAGCUCACAUCAGUGGCUUCAAACACAAGAAUCAGAUGCCAGGAGCAGUGCCAGUUGUAGGACCAUUCCCACCACAGCAGUAUGUCCGGGAAGAAACAACUGCUCCAGGAGGCUACAGUUACUUCAGCCAAGACUUCUAGAGCAAGUUGCAGCACUGUUCUUGGAGUUGUUGACGGCCCAAGAACACGCAUCCUUUGCCAGCCCACAAUGGUUUCAUUAUCCCUCUGGAUAAGCAAAGCCCUACCCUCCUGUAUGCACCCGUUGAGCAGAACAGGGACUGAAUCUGUCCGAAAAAGGAUCCAGCUGGAAGAGACUUGGUAGACAGCAAAUACUUCACUCCCUUAGAGUAGUUUUCAUUGUGUAAUUGCUUCCUGUAAAGGUGGGUGCGGUGUGAGAGGAAGUGUGUAUCUGGUAUAAGGAGAGUCUGGCAACAGGCUGGUAACAUCUACCUCCUCCCUUACCAGAGCAAAUAGUGGAUUCCUGCACCUGGAGGCCAGCAGCCCACGCUUAGAGGUGUGAAUGGGACACCUUGUGGGUUGUUUGGCUUUUUGCAGACCUAACAUAGGAAAUGGCAGCGUGGCAUCUCUUGUCGUGACUCCUCUGGGCAGGUUUGUUUGCAGAGCUCCUUGAGGCACUGAUUGCCAUCAGAGCCUCUGGCAGUACUGCAGUUGAGGAGUUGUGUUGUUUGGUGUCUGACAGGUAGUCGUGAUUUGUGGUGUGCAGUGCUGCUGCUGGGAGCGGAGGGCUGAUGGAGGAGUUGGAGCUCUUGUUUCUCCAGGCAGCUCAGCCCUCUGCUCUGAGGAUUUCCACGUGGAAGGAAGAAACAGUUUAGCCUGGUUUCCUAUGGAAACAGGUGUAUGUGAUCAUUCACUGUGUGUGUCUUUACCCCUCAUAACUUAAAGUAAUCUCAAACUUGGCAGUGGUGGAAAUCUCCAAGACCCAAAUGCAAUCAGCAGAGGAAGGUGAGCAGGAAGAGUCCAUCUGGGGUUCUGUGAGGGUCUGUGCAUAAGUGCAGUGUUUUCCCUACUGCCAGCAAAAUAUUGAUAGGGAAGGAGGAAAAAAAAACAAAAAGAGGAGGUAAAUAUAGAAAUAACAGAAUACUGUAGUAUGGCUUGGUUGAAUUGUUUGCUGGCUGAAAACCUACAAGCUCUUUGGCAACCUGACUUAGCUCUUCAUUAGACACUGCUUGCCCAACCCCUCUCCUCAAAGUCCUUACGCAUUUGUACCAUCGUGGAGAUGUUCUGCCUUUCGAACGUGGAAAUUAACGAUGGUCUCUUCGU